AGAAAAAAAAACUGUCUUGAUCCAUGCGAAAUCUUGUUAAGUUACUUAAAAAUCAAAAUGGAGGGAGUAUGUAGCUUGAGAUAAGAAGACUCGCGCUUAUUUAGCAAUAUAGACAGAACGAGGGUCUCUGUAUACUCGUUGGAGACCGAGACUAACAGUAAAGCAGGAAAGAUGAUGACGGUUGCAGUUACAGCCCCUUUAUGGUCUCUAUCGUCGUGCUCUCUGCUUCCUUGUCAAGGCCCAAACCGGCGAAUACAAUGGAAACGAAACGAAAAGAAACGGUUAUCGAGAAAAGUGGCUGUUAUAACAGCGGGGUUUGAGCUUAAGCCUCCUCCAUAUCCUCUUGAUGCUCUGGAACCGCAUAUGAGCCGGGAGACUUUGGAUUAUCACUGGGGCAAGCAUCACAGAGCUUAUGUAGACAACCUUAACAAGCAAAUCGUGGGCACGGAUCUUGAUGCUUUGUCGUUGCAAGAGGUUGUCCUUCUUUCAUACAACAGAGGCAAUAUGCUUCCUGCCUUCAACAACGCUGCACAGGCAUGGAACCACGAGUUUUUCUGGGAGUCUAUUCAACCUGGAGGUGGAGGAAAGCCAAGUGGAGAUCUCCUCAGACUGAUAGAGAGAGAUUUUGGUUCUUUCGACUUUUUAGAAAGGUUCAAGGCAGCUGCAGCCUCCAACUUUGGUUCCGGUUGGACUUGGCUUGCAUACAAGGCGAAUAGACUGGAUGUUGCAAAUGCCAUAAAUCCACUCCCAAAGGAGGAAGACAAAAAGCUUGUAAUAGUAAAAACACCCAAUGCAGUAAAUCCGCUCGUAUGGGAUUAUUCUCCACUUCUCACCAUUGAUACAUGGGAGCACGCUUACUAUCUGGAUUUUGAGAACCGAAGAGCUGAGUACAUAAAUAUAUUCAUGGAAAAGCUCGUGUCAUGGGAAACAGUAAGCACGAGGUUAGAAUCUGCAGUGGCUCGGGCAGUUCAAAGAGAACAAGAAGGAACAGAUACCGAAGAUGAAGAGAAUUUGGAGGAUGAAGAGCCAGAAGUCUACUUAGAUAGUGAUGUUGAUGUAUCUGAGGUUGACUAAAUAACUCUGAGAAUCAAUCAUAACUUUAGCAUCUGAAUGAAAUGUCAAUUAUACAGUA